AUGUUUGCAUUCUACGGAAUACCAGAGAGGAUUGAAUCUGAUAACGGACCACCUUUUAAUUCAAUGGAAUUCUCAAAAUUUGCUGAGACAAUGGGAUUCAAGCAUCAUAGAAUUACGCCUGAACACCCAAGAGCCAAUGGGGAAGCUGAAAAUUUUAUGAAAAUUCUUAACAAAACUGAACAAAUUGCGCACACUCAAGAUAAAUCAAGUCAAACAGCAAUACAAGAGAUAUUUAUGGGAUAUAGAUCGACUCCCCAUCCUGCAACUGGUUAUUCUCCUUAUGAAGCUCUUAUGAAGAGAACUGUCAGAACUAAAUUAGAUUAUAAACACCCACAAGGACCAAUUUUAAACCAAAGAAAAAUGGAAAGGAAUAUCAAAAUAAAUGACGAAUGUUAUAAACAAAAGUGGAGAAAUGAUUUAAGACACCCAAAAUGUAAAAGUCACGACUUCAGAACCAUACAAAUUAUGCACGUUUGGGAACUGUCUAUCUGUCCGAUUCACAUCAGCUGCUUCAGGAAGUAUUGA